UCAAGUCACUGGAAACUCAGUCUAUUCGAGAACAAAUAGAGCUGACCAAUGUGUUAAGGAAAGCUUCCAUGGAAGAUAGGACUGUAAUCCUUACCACCCUUAACCAAGCAUAUGCAGGUCCUGGUUCUAUCCUAGACCUCUUCCUUGAGAGCUUCCAGACAGGUGAACAGACCAAAGGCCUUUUGAAUCACCUGCUGAUCAUAGCUAUGGAUCAUGAAGCAUUUGAUAGGUGCAAGGCCAUACAUCCUCACUGCUACCCCCUCACUACCCACAGAGUUGAUUUUAGUGCUAAGAAACAGUCCAUGACAAUAGAUUACCUCAAGCUCAGGUGGUGGAAGAUUGAGAUCUUGCAAACCAUCCUUGAAUUGGGCUACAGUUUUGUCUUCACGGAUGCAGAUGUGAUGUGGUUCAGAAAUCCAUUUCCACACUUCAGCCCCAGCAUUGAUAUUCACAUUGCCUGUGACUAUUACGGAGGCAAUCCAACAGAGAGAAGUAAUAGCAUCAAUGGAGGAUUCAACUAUGUGAGAUCAAAUGGCCUAUCAAUUGAGUUCUUCAAAUACUGGCAAAUGUCGAGGGUUUUGUAUCCGGGGUAUAGUGAUCAGUCUGUCUUCCAAAUCAUAAAAGAUGAUAUGGUCACUAGCAUGAUAGGUUUGCGGAUCAAGUACCUAGACACAAGCUAUUUUGGGGGAUUUUACCAGCCCAGUGAAGAUAUGAACAAGGUGUGCACAAUGCAUGCCAACUGCUGUGUAGACAUUGAAAGGAAGCUCCAUGACCUCAAACUUGUUCUUGAAGACUGGAAAAACUUCACUAAAUUGUCAACAGAGGGGGAAAAAUUGAGGGCAUCUUCUUCUUUAACUUCUCCCUGGAGAGCUCCAAGUCUAUGCAAGAGUUAACAUUUCUCUUUUAAGUAUGUUUCCAUUAAGGACUUGCAUUAAUAAUUGGUUUACUUCGACCAAGUCUAGCUCUGAACCAGAUGCCACGAUCCUCCAAUUGGACUAAUAUCUGGGUUACAAAGCAGCCAAUUGAACAUUCCAACUU